AGAAUUGUAGGAGUGAAACUGUUUUCUCUAUCAAAUCCUCUUUCUAACAUAUGACUGUAUACUGAUAGUAGUAUACACCAAGUAUACUACAUACUACAUACUACACCCGAUCGGGUCAAGUCGGAUCGCUGCAACGGCUAAACCUCUCGCGGCCAGCCCGACAUCUCCCGGCAAACGGUGGAGAAAGCACAUGGGAAGCUGAGCAAAGCAACGGACUAGAACCUCGUCCUGGACCAUGACUGCCCCUGCCAGAAGCAUUCAUAUACCCCCAGCUCGCCCGGCUUCUCCAGGUCCUCUCUACUCUGAUUUUGUGAGACAACAAGUCGCCAAACAGCGCAACAACAACUAUCAUUCCACCUCUCUCAGAAACAUGGUCGCCACAUCUGUCAACCGUACUGCCCUGCACCCUGGUGGUGUCCAGCCGAGCAAAGGUCACACUGAGCUGGAGGAGGAGUUGCACGAGACCGCUCACAUCGACUACGACCGUGUAGCAAUUAUUGCUAACCCCGCCGUCGCUGCCCUCUACGAAGAUGCCCUCGUCUACGAGACCGGCAGUGCCAUCACCUCCAGCGGAGCCCUGACCGCAUACUCGGGCGCCAAAACAGGUCGUUCUCCUUCAGACAAGCGAAUUGUCAAGGAAGAGUCUUCGGAAAAUGAGAUCUGGUGGGGGCCCGUCAACAAGCCCAUGACUCCUGACGUAUGGCGCAUCAACCGUGAGCGUGCAGUCGACUACCUGAACACUCGCAACCGGAUCUAUGUCAUCGACGGGUACGCUGGAUGGGAUGAGCGGUACCGGAUCAGCGUGCGCAUCGUGUGCGCGCGCGCCUACCAUGCCCUGUUCAUGCGCAACAUGCUCAUCCGUCCGACGACCGAGGAGCUGGCGCACUUCCACCCAGACUAUGUCAUCUACAACGCUGGCUCGUUCCCGGCCAACCGCUUCACAGAAGGCAUGACCUCUGCCACUUCCGUCGCUAUCAACUUUGCCGAGAAGGAGAUGGUCAUCCUCGGUACCGAGUAUGCCGGUGAGAUGAAGAAGGGUGUCUUUACCAUCCUCUUCUACGAGAUGCCCGUCAAGCACAACGUCUUGACUCUGCACUCAUCCGCCAACGAGGGUGUCGACGGCGACGUCACUGUCUUCUUCGGUCUGUCGGGAACCGGCAAGACUACCCUGUCUGCUGAUCCUAAACGUGCUCUGAUCGGUGACGACGAGCACUGCUGGACGGACCGUGGUGUCUUCAACAUUGAGGGUGGAUGCUAUGCCAAGUGCAUUGGUCUGUCGGCCGAGAAGGAGCCGGAUAUUUUCAACGCGAUCCGGUUCGGAUCGGUGCUGGAGAACGUGGUGUUCGACCCCGUGUCGCGCAUGGUGGACUACGACGACUCGACGCUGACGGAGAACACACGCUGCGCGUACCCGAUCGAGUACAUUGAGAACGCCAAGAUCCCGUGCCUGAGCGAGAAGCACCCGUCGAACAUCAUCCUGCUCACCUGCGACGCGCGCGGGGUGCUGCCGCCGAUCUCGAAGCUGACGACGGAGCAGACCAUGUUCCACUUCAUUUCGGGCUACACGUCCAAGAUGGCGGGGACGGAAGAUGGGGUGACGGAGCCGCAGGCGACGUUUUCGUCGUGCUUCGCGCAGCCCUUCCUGGCGCUGCACCCGAUGCGGUACGCGCGUAUGCUGGCCGACAAGAUCUCCGAGCACAAGGCCAACGCCUGGCUGCUCAACACGGGCUGGGUGGGUGCCGGUGCGACGACGGGCGGCAAGCGCUGCCCGCUCAAGUACACGCGCGCCAUCCUCGACGCGAUCCACAAGGGCGAGCUCGCCAACGUCGAGUACGAGACGUACGAGGUCUUCAACCUGCACGUGCCCAAGACCUGCCCCGGGGUCCCCAGCGAACUGCUCAACCCGCGCAACAGCUGGACCGCCUCGACCAGCUUCGAGGACGAGGUCAGCAAGCUGGGCCGGCUUUUCAACGAGAACUUUAAAAAGUACGCCGACGAGGCCACCCCGGAAGUCAUUGCUGCGGGGCCUGUCGUUUAAUCUUCUUCUUCUUCUUCUUCUUCUUCUUUACCUUGUCUUUUUUUUUUUUU